UCCGCGCGAUGUUGGUUCGACGCAGCGUUUGUUCUGAAGUUUAACUAAUAUAUUUAACGCUGACUAGAAGAUUUCCACCAUGUCAAGCCAGCACAGUGGAUUCAAGACGGGGAAUAUCUGUCGGAUAUAUAUAAAAGAUUUCCUAACCUUUGAUGAGAUUGAAGUGCGUCCCAAACCUCACUUGAACUUCAUCAUGGGGCCUAAUGGCUCAGGAAAAUCCACCAUCCUGUGUGCAAUCUGCAUUUGCUUAGGAGGUAAACCAGCUGUCACAGGCAGAGGCAAGGAGGUUACUGACUACAUAAAAUAUGGCAAGGAUAAAUCAGUUCUCGAGACAGAAAUCUUCGUUGAAGGAAACAGUCCUAAUGUAAUUAUCACGAGGCAGUUUGAUCGCGAGAAGAAGACUACCUGGUUCCUUCACCACAAGGAAGUUUCAAAGAAAGUGAUAGAGACCAAGAUAGCAUCCCUAAACAUUCAGGUUGACAACCUAUGUCAGUUUCUGCCACAGGACAGGGUUGCCAGUUUUGCCAAGAUGAAUUGCCUUCAGUUGUUAGAGGCUACAGAAAAGGCAGUUGGUGAUGCCAGUCUCUUUGAACAGCAUGACCUGUUGAGGUCCAGUGGUGAUAGGAUGAAGGACCUGAGGGCAAAAGUAAAGGAUCUUGAGUCACAGCUGGAUAUUGCAGUCAAGAAGAAUGACAGAUUAAAAGAUGCAGUGAAGAACCAUGAGCUGAAAAACAACUUGGAAAUGCAGAUUGAGAAACUUCAGACACAGAAGCUGUGGUACCUCUUUGCUGUGAAGAGAGACAAAGUUAUGUCUCUGAAGAAAAUUUUGAAUGAACAUGAGAAAGCAAUGCAGAAGAAAUGUAGUGAAAUAUCACCGACAGAAAAAAAGAUUGAAAAGGCGAAGAAGAACAUGGUGGAAUACAAGAAAGAUAUUCGUAAUAGGACAACGUUUGCGGAGAUGAAACAGAAGGAGAUAGACAAACUGCACACGCGCUACCAACAGCUUGAGGAGGCACUGCAGGAUGCACAGCGACAGUACAGUGGGCGGGAACAGGAGGAGCAGCAACGCUUGCGCGAACUCUCCGACUAUCGCAAGCAUCUCGACGUCCUGCUGGUUCAGCUCAACAAUCUCCCUCAGGUCAAUGAUGAAGAGACCAAAAAGAGGCUUAUGGAACUUACCCAGGAUAUCCAGGAAGCAUCACAAUCAAGGGCGAGGCUAGAGAGCCAGAAUGAGGAGGCAUUCAACACCAAGAAUGAGUGUCAGCGAAGGAUCUCCAGCAUGGAUGGCGAACGAGCUAGGUUGCAAGAUGUGAAAAGACAACGCCUUGAACUCUUGAACAAGACAAAUGGAGAUGCCUACAGAGCAGCAAAGUGGUUGGAGAGCAAUACUAAUAAGUUUUCUGCACCUGUUUACGCUCCCUUGUGUACUGAGCUAAACAUCAAGGACCCGAAGUAUGCCAAAUAUGUGGAAGACCGCGUUAGCUACCAGGACCUGGUGGCGUUUGUGUGUGAAAGCAAGGAGGACAUGAACCUCUUCAAAGAGCUUAUGGACAAGCAGAAGUUGCGUGUCAAUGUGGUCCAUUCAUCCCCUGCAGACAUGGCGCAGUUCCAGCCUAAGAUACCCAUUGAGAAUUUAAAAGAGUUCGGCUUCCUCAACUACAUGAUUGACGUCAUCAAUGCCCCCCCUGCAAUCCUCUCCUACCUGUGCCGCACCUACUCCAUCUACAGAAUACCCAUCGCGGAAAAGGCAGACUUCGACCGAGUGCCAGUGCAGCUCCCGUAUUUCUAUAUAGGUGGGGAGAGGUAUUCCAAGGCCCAGUCCAGGUACGACAAGGAAUGGUCAACCAGUAUCUACCCCGUAAAAGAUGCUCGGUUGCUGCACAUCACUCUGGACACACAGCGCAUCAUGGAGCUGCAGAGGGCCAUCAAGGAGAGUCAUGACAUGAUUGCUGAUGCAGAGGAGAAACUAAAGCAAAACAAAACAGAAGAACACAAAUUUUCAAAGCAGCUUGAGAUCCUGCGUAAUGAGAAGAGAGUCCUCCUCUGUCACAAAGAUGAAAGGAAGCAGAUGGAACAGCGUAUUGCCAGUAAGAAGAACAAGAUUGCGCGACAUGAAGAGAGCUCCAUCAACCUGGAGGCUGAGAAGGCUGAAAUGACCAAAAAGAUCAAGGAAACAAUUAGCACGAUGAUAGGCAUCAUGACUGAGCAGAAGAAGACGAUGGAGGUGCUGGCUGAGGAGGCAGUGGAGCACUUCAGGCUAGUGACACAGGCAGCUGUCACAAGAACCUCCUUGCAGACACUUGAGGAAGACUUAAGCUCAUCUAAACAGGCAAUUGACACCAUGAAGGUCCAACAUGAAAAAAUGAAACUUGAGCAUACUACAGCAAAAGCAGAUGCCACUUCAACAUAUGAGGGACUCCUAACUGCCCUUGGUGUCAGAAACCACAAAGAAGUAACAGAUGAGAUUAGGGAAAGGUAUAGAAAUUCUAACCUGGAGGAAACAGAGCAGGAAUUGCAUCAGUUAGAGGCCCACCGAGACUGCCUCAUCACAGCAAAUGACAGCGAAGUGAGAGAGUACAGGCAAAGGGAACAAGAGGUGGUCAACCUGCGGCAGAGGUUGGAAGAGGCACAGAACAAGGCAGGCAACCACCACAAGGCCCUCGAAGAUAGCAGAGAAAGCUGGUUAGGCAAAAUCGGAGAGCUGACAGAAAACAUUAGCAACAACUUUUCGAGUUUCAUGGCCCGUCUGGGAUGUGCUGGAGAGGUUCUGCUUGACGUGGGGGAUAAAGACGACUUCAGAACGUACGGCGUCAAGAUCAAGGUGCGCUUCCGUGACAGCGACCGCCUUCGGGAGCUGACGGCGCAGCACCAGUCGGGCGGCGAGCGGGCGGUGUCGACGGCCCUCUACCUGUUGGCACUCCAGAGCCUCACCUCCGUCCCCUUCCGUUGCGUCGACGAGAUUAAUCAGGGAAUGGAUCCCAUUAACGAGAGACGAAUGCUGAACAUGCUGGUUAAAACCGUCGCGGCUGAGGAAUCUAGCCAGUAUUUCUUCGUGACGCCAAAGCUGAUCCCGGACAUGGAGUACAACAAGUACGUGAACGUGAUGGUGGUCUUCAAUAGCCGGACGAUGCUGCCUCACCGGAAGUUCCACCUGCGCAAGAUUCUCAAGAGGCGCCAAGAACUCAACGGGAAAGAGAACAUUGCUUCGGCCUAAAUGGGCUGUAGAGGGAUUUUUUGUUAUUGUGAUUAUUGUAUCUUCGUGUUAUAUAUUUUUUUUAUUGUGAUUAUUGUUCUUCGUGUUUUUAUUAUUAUUGUUAUUGUUAGUAUUAUUGUCUUUUUUUAUUUUCUCGAAUUUUGUUGAAGGGCAAUUUUGUUUUCAUUUUUUUUGUAUAUCGAAUUAAAUUGUUGUAUUUAAUCUCAUGUAAUGUUUUAUUCAAUUAUAUUUUUCUUUGGAAGGAGUAUGUAAAACCCUUGAAUAAUUAAUUUUAGUUUAAUAUCCCUGUGAUUAUGAUGAUUUUACAUUUUGGUCCAUUGUAGGAAAUUUAAAAAUAUUCUGUUUAGAAAAAUAAUGAUACGGAAAUGUAUCUUGCACAUACUUUUAUAACGAUAAUUCAAAUUUUUGUAUUGCGAUAUAGUCUUUUUAUUUAGAAAUGUAUAAUGGUAAUACAGAAAAUGUUUAUAAACAGAUCUGUAGCAGAAUCUUUUUGGUAACGUAUGGAAUUCACAUUUAGUUUGUAAUAAGGAAUAAAGAAUGUGAAUGUGUAAAAA